AUGCAUACCCGUGUGUGUGUAUGUACGAGUGUGUUUGUGUGUGGAUUUAAGAUUGUGUUUGUCGCUGGUCGAUAUUUACUUGAUUUGCCGCAUUCUUCCAGCGUGAGGGUGAAAUAUUGGCUUCUAUUUCUUGACGAGUAUUCGUCAGAGUGUUUUUGUUGUUGUUGUUGUUGUUGUUGUAUCCUCUUCUGUGUGUGUGGUGCCUCACUUCUCUUUAACCCCGUCCGCCUUCCGCACUUUGUUACUUAUUUGAAUGCCUCGCUGUUGUUGCGAGGCGCGUCAAGCCUAAAGAAAGGAAUGAGGUUUUCUCGUGUCAUUUGUGGUCGGCUGCGACGGCGCACGCAUGGCAACGUGCCGGUCAUGCAGCAGCAGAAGCAGCAGUGUGCAUGGGAAAGAGAGGAGAUGUUGGCCACCUUUCCUCUGAGUAAUGCAGAGAGGACGGCAAGUGCGCUUGCAUUUCAGUUGUUAGAGAGGCACCGGCGUCGACACGCAUCAGACUUACAUGGGCGGGCCGCUGUGGGUAGUGACGGUACGGCAGAAGUUGGCUCGCAUCCGACGCAGGAGGAAAUUCAAGAAGGGCCAUUAAACAACUCCCGGACUCGGCCAUCGCAUCUGCCCGCCGUAGAUGCUUUUACAGGGUACGGCAAAACUGCUGUCACGACAAACUUGGCGCACAUGGCGGAUCCAUGGGUUGUGGAUACACGGAAUCUGCUGGAGGCCACAGACCGAGAGUGGGAGGCGCUGACGGCACGAAGCAAGAUGUCAGCCACCUUAACGGAUACCGGCGACCGACCCACAAUGCGUGCGUGGGUUCGAUAUUCCCGCGGCAACGCCUCGGCGCACCUCCCUGAGAAAUUCGGUGAGAAAAUUAUUACACCGUUUGAUGCCGUGAUGCGACGGUACAACUCGGUGGUGACAAAUCAUAGAUUCCGCGUUGUAACGGUGGAUGCUUUUUGUAGCUGGCGUGUAAACAUGCCUGCGAGCCUGACGCAGCGGGGCACCAUGCGUUGUGUUUUGGCACGAAAAGAACAGCUGGAUCGCCAAAAUGAAUGGCGUAAACUGAGGAAGUCUCAGUUGCCGCUAGGAAGUGACAUUGGCGAUGGUAAAUUCGAUAAGGAAAGGAGAAAUGUAGAGAAAUUAUCGUCUAGCCGAGAUUUCAGCAGUAUGCCUUUUGCCUCUCCCGUGUUUCGUCGGUACUGUUUGCAGUUUGGCAGUCAUACACUGCGGCGAGUGGCAUUCUUGACGGACCCUACGUUGUAUUUUGUUCUGUGUAACUGGCGUUCAACCGGUAAUGAAUCCCUUAUGGAAGUACGCCAGCAGGCGGAGUGCUUGAGCCACCGUUAUAUGUCGAUGGCGUAUCUUCCCUGA